AGAUAAACACUUUUAGAGAAUUUUGUGACUUGGCAUUCCUCAGUGGCCUGUCUUAGUUGGGAAUGUCCAGAGAGAUGCAGGCAUGCAGGAGAGACCUGGUCGCGAUGCUGUCUGCUCCCCCAUCAGCUCUUUCACGUCCCUUUUCCAUGUCGCUGUCGCUGCCCCCAGCUCUGGGGUUCUCCGUCCUCUCUGAGUGACCUCCUUGUUUCCUUUUUCAUCUGCCUAAUUUCUGCCACCAGAUAUCUUUGUUGCUUUAAUUUAGCGUCUGGUUUGGGAUAUGGUGUGUUCUGUUAUAGUUUUCUUUGGAAAUAAUUUCAAACUUUUAAAAAGCUGCAAAAAUAAAAUUAGUACAGAGAACAUCCAUGCACCCUGUAUCUAGAUUUUCCGAUUGUUAACAUUUUAUUCCAUUUGCUUUAUCAAUUCCCUACCUCCCUCUCUGUCUAUGCAUGUAUACUUUUUUUUCCCCUGAGGUAUUUGAAGGUAAGUUACAAAAACAUAAUGUCCCUUUGUGCCUAAAUACUCAACAUGUUCUCAAGAAUAGGGACCAGAUACUGUUUUAAAUGGUUGGUGCUGUCUCUUCUUUAGCAAAUGACUAAAACAUAAAUGGGUGGCUUACUCAACACCAUUUGCUCAUUAUAAGCUAUUUUCCCAUGAGAUUAUGAAUUCAGAGUGGCAAGGUUGCCUUUUUCUUUGCUUCACUUCUGUCAUAUAACAGCCUGGGUAGCCUGCUAGAGGGUUGAUGGGUGAGUUGAUCUUCUAGAUCAUCACCUCGAGAUGCAUACGGGGCUUUAGAUGUAAAGGUGGUUAUGUUUGUGCAGUGUGGGAAAGAUCUGGUCCACUCUGUAAGCAGCAGUGGACCGACCCUGCUGUGUGUGGACCAAGUGUGAUUGAGCGACUACGUGUGGAGCCCAGAGUUGUCCUGUCUGUGUUUGUUCACAACACUCAGCCAUUUGCCGGGGGCAGUGUGGAGAACGUGCUCUCCUCACGCUGCCUCCACAGCCUGGCCUGGAAUGUUAGAACGCGUCGGGAUGCAAACUGAUACUAUGCCCCUUGGUAACUGUAAGGUGUUGGCAAUUUCAGUUGGCUGUUGUGGCCCGCAGAAAGAUCAGGGCUCAGGGAGUCAGCCUGUGUGAGUUCUAAAUUUGGCUCCACCGUUUAGCUCCCUGUGGGUAUGAGGCAUACCUCUCUGCCACCUGCCUUUCCCAUUCUGUUAAUUGAUGUGAUUGGAUGAAUGACCAUCUUCCUGGUCUUAAAUCUAGUGACUUGCAUGUGGAAAUGACACAACUAAGGAAGGAGUGAUGCACACAGGAUCCAGGAAACUUAGAACUUCAUCCUGCCCUGGCCCAUCCAUUCCUCCUUCCGCCAGCUAGGAACUUCAGAUAUACCUAAUGCAAAGGGGGCUCAGAAUAUUGGGGAAGAUACAGGAGGCUACAUCAGUGCCUGUUGGGAGGGUUUUUAAAACACUGUUUUGACCUGGUUAUUAAAAAGCAUACGGGCAGCCGGUCCUCCUGGGUGCCUCACGACAGGGCACCUGUCUUGCAUGCUGUGUCCUCGCAGUGUGUGGUUGCCGGUGGCCCAGACAGGAGACGACACUCCCCACGUGGUCGGUCGCUACAUAAAACGUGUCUCUCUCUCGUUUGUUUCCCACCUGCUUUCCGAGCCCCUUUCUCGGACAGUCGACCACAGCAUGUUUGAGAACCUGAACACAGCCCUCACUCCCAAGCUCCAGGCGAGCCGCUCCUUCCCCCACUUGUCCAGGCCGGCGGCCCCCAGCUCUGCUGCUCAGGGGUCUGCGGAGUCCGGGGGGCCUGGACUCUGGGUGGGCAGCAGUCAGCACCUCAAGAGCCUGGGCAAAGCGGUGGGGGCCAAAGUGAAUGACUUCCUGCGGAGAAAGGAACCCUCGAGCCUGGGCAGCGUGGGCGCGACAGAGGUCAACAAGACGGCGGGGGCCCAGCUGGCCAGCGGGGCUGACGGGGAUGACGGAAGGUCAGCCCUGCAAGAAGCAUUCCCUCGGCUGGAUCCUCCACCUCCCACCACCAGGAAGCGAACCCCUCGGGCCCUGAAGACCACCCAGGACAUGCUGAUUUCAUCACAGCCUGUCCUAAGCAGUCUGGAGUAUGGGACAGAGCUGUCAUCUGGGCAGCCCCAGGUCUUGUCUUCCGCCCAACCCAGCCCAGCCGAUGCUUCCCAGCCAGAGGCCACCACGGAGGUGGUGGACAGGGGCGACGCUCUGCCGAAUGGAGAGGCUUCCGUGUCGGUACCUGACCUCAUCCACAAGGACAGCCAGGACGACCCCAAACUCAAGGCGACUGAGUGCCGAAGGGCCUCCUCCCCUGGCCUCAUGGAGAGAAAUGGCCUCAAACUCAGCCUGAGCCCCAUCAGCCUGGCCGAGUCUCUGGAGGACGGCAGCCCGCCUCCCCGGGCGCGGACCUCCAGCGUUGACAAUGAGGGCCCUCACCCAGACCUGCUGUCCUUUGAGUAGAGCUGCGUCUGCCCCUGCUGAGCGCCCCUUCCCUCUGCCCUCUGCUCCACCGUGCACCCUGGCCCUGUCCUGUCUUCUGCUGUCCUCCUUGCACACGGCACAGCAGAGUGAUUCUCCUGGUGAUUGCAAGGCCAGAGGUCCAAGUGGUUGUAGUUCAAGAGUCUGUCCAUGGAAUGGAAAAAGCACGCACUUGGAUGCCUUCCCAGCUUCUCUGCAUGCUGGCUGCAGCCCUUGGAUGUUGGGGCACCUCUGCUCCCAAGGUGCUCUGGCUUCCCAUUAAUGUGCAAGGCCAGCAGCCCAGGGUGAAGGCUGUUCUCUUUGCCUGUCUUCCAAAUGCCGCCUGCUCUUCUCUUUU